UUCUUUUAGCAAGGUCAUCAUUGAGAGAUGUUUGAGAAACAACCCUACGAUAGUCCCCCGAUGUACACUCCCCCUUCCAAUGGCUUUGGGCCUCCGGGUAGCUUCCAUGACCCACGGAGUGAAUUUGAUCCCUACCCUCCACCUCCAGGAUCCUACUAUAUUGGCGAGGAGGUACCACAGCAUUUCUACAAGUGGUUCUCCCCUCCGGGAAUUGUAAAGAUUAUGAUGGGGAUAGUUAUAAUCCUCUGUCUAGGAAUCUUCGCCUGCGUGGCCUCGACUCUGGUUUGGGACAUGCAGUACGGAGUAGGUUACGGAUCUGGAUAUGGAAGCGGGUACGGAUACGGAGGCUACGGAUAUGGAAGUGGUGGAUAUGGAAGUGGUGGGUAUGGAAGUGGUGGAUAUGGAAGUGGUGGAUAUGGUUACGGAAGCUACAAUUCUUACCCGACCCCUUACUCGGCAAAGACCAGCAUGAUCGCCGUCGCUGCCAUAAACUUCAUCAUCGCUUUGGGAUUCUUUGCAGCCAGCUUCUCCAAAACAAACACGUUCCGGAGCAGGAAGUUCUUUCUGGUGGUGCUUAUUGUCGGUUCCAUAAUGGCAGUGAUUCAGGGCAUUAUAAACAUUGUGUACAUUGUAGGAGUGAACCCAAUGGCCCAAAGCUCCACCAGCUCAUACUACAACCCCAUGCUUAUGAUGUGUCAGAACCUCUACGGAAGCAGUGUGACGGGAAUGGGGGCCGGCUUUCCUGUCUAUAACCAGUACUUGUACCACUACUGCUACGUGGACCCUCAGGAGGCAGUUGCAAUGGUUUGUGGGUUCAUGGUUGUGUUGGCACUGGCUGUGGCAGCCUUCUUCUCCUAUAGAACCAGAAGUAAAAUCUGGCACUACGGGAAGCCAAACAUCUACUGGGACCGACCACUGAUGGGAGGAACCGAGGGCAGAGAUGUGGAGGAUUGGGUCAACCGUGUACAGGAUGGACAGAGCGUGCGGGAGGCGUCCAUGGUGUUUUCAGAGAAGAUGGCUCCUGUUCUGGUUUCUGCCCCCAGUGUCGGCUCCAUCCCCUUAAAGACUGGCAGUGUCUUUAGCUCUGAGACCCACAAUAUUAUCGGUUACCCUGAGCGCUCUUUCAGCCACCCAUCUCACUCUACAUCCCCGUCAGGAGAAGUGAGCUCCAGCCCCUCCGACCAGACCGACACCAUCCGCAAACCGUCCGCCUCCAGGGGCAAGAGACGCAGGAGGAACCCUGAGCUGGACGAGUCCCAGUACGAGACCGAGUACACGACGGGAGGAGAGACGGCCAACGAUUUUGAUGAGGAUCUAUGGGCACGUCUGUAUCCAGAGAUCACGUCUGAUGCCCAGCGACACGAGUAUAAGAAAGAGUUUGACUCGGACCUCAGGACCUAUAAGGAACUGUGUGCCGAAAUGGAUGACAUCAGCGAUCAGAUAAACAAGCUCAGCAGAGAGCUGGACACACUUGAUGAGGGAACGUCCAAGUACGAGGCUGUAGCAGAGGAAUAUAAUCGUCUGAAAGACCUAAAACGGAUGCCAGAUUAUCAAAACAAGAAGCACCAAUGUCGCAAACUGCGCCACAAGCUUUUCCAUAUUAAACGAAUAGUUAAGAUCUACGACCGCGGUCAGUAAUAAGCUACCAAUGCUCUCCUUUUUCCACAUUUUUGCAUUUAAUUAAUCAUGGGCUGCCAUGACGAAGCCUUUAAAUGACUGUGUGACCAAAGCUGCCCGAAUCCUAAACUGCUGUAACAUUGGCUUCACCCGGUGCUUUUAUGAUUAACCUGAGCCCUAAAGAUGGUUGCCUUGGAAACGAGGUCCUUUCAAAGUCUUUCCAUUUCCUGGAACAUGUUCUUUCACUGGAAACAUCUGCUUGACUUCAUAUAGCCUGUAAAAUGCCAUAAAGCAUUGAGAUAUUGUCA